AGUCUGCUGUAGCGGCGCGGCCGCGCAGCAGCUCCGAGAGGGGAGUCUGCGCGUCGUCGCUAUCUGACGUCGGUCUGACGCCAUCGUGACGUGAGCGUGACGUCAUUUUUGCCACCGAGAGGGUCGCCAUGGUGUCGUUGCUGUGCUGCGGGCCCAAGCUGGCGGCGUGCGGGAUCGUGCUGAGCGCCUGGGGCGUCGUCAUGCUGGUGUUGUUGGGCAUCUUCUUCAACGUCCACUCAGCAGUGCUGAUUGAGGACGUCCCAUUCACCGAAGAAGACUUCAACGACGGUCCGGAGCGCAUCUAUGGGCUGUAUGAAUGGGGUGGGGGGGGGUAUUGGGUUAGAGAGGAUGGGAUGACAACAACACCCCAACAACACCCCAAAAACACCCCAACACCCCAACAACACCCCAAAAACACCCCAACACCCCCACUUUCCUUUCCCAUCCAUCCCAGCGGUCCGGAACGCAUCUACGGGCUGUACGAACGCGUGGGCACCAAUUGCUUCGUGGCUGCUGGGCUCUACCUGUUGUUGGGAGGCUUUGCUUUGUGUCAGGCACGACUCAACAAGAGGAAGGAGUACCUGGUCCGCUAGUCGGCAUGGCAACCGCCCCCAAAACCCCCCCGUCCCCCCCCCCAAAUCCCGCUUCUGAAGCCUGUGGUGGUGGUUGGAGGACCCGGAGGUGGUGCUUGGAGGACCAACUGGUUUUGUCGCCCUCUCGCCUACAACGUUCCAACCCACGCAGUCUAAUAAAUGGUGAUGGUCUGUAAUGUUGUAUACAAUUUUGGGGGUGUAUCAUCAUGACAACCCCCUCACUUCCCCCCCAAAUCCCACUUCUGAAGCCUUUGGUGGUGGUUGGAGGACCCGGAGGUGGUGCUUGGAGGACCAACUGGUUUUGUCGCCCUCUCGCCUACAACAUUCCAACCCACGCAGUCUAAUAAAUGGUGAUGGUCUGUAAUGUUGUAUACAAUUUUGGGGGUGUAUCAUCAUGACAACCCCCUCACUUCCCCCCCAAAUCCCACUUCUGAAGCCUUUGGUGGUGGUUGGAGGACCCGGAGGUGGUGCUUGGAGGACCAACUGGUUUUGUCACUCUCUCGCCUACAACGUUCCAACCCACACACUCCAAUAAAUGAUGUUGUAUUGUA